AUGCCGAAGCUAAAAAGAAGAUCUAUAUCUCAAAGAAAUGUCGAUAAAGCAAAGAUAAUUAGAGAAAAAAGAGGUAACGAUGAAUUUCGUUUGAUAGACAAUAGAAGACGAGCAAAAUCUCAUAAAAUUGAACGACAAAUUGAUGAAUUUAAAAUUGAAGAUAAUAAAAGAAGAGCAGAAGCUCUUCAAAUUAAACGUGAAGAGGAAGAAUACAAAGAGGAAGAAAGAAGAAGAAAUGCAUUGAGAAUGCAGAAUAGUAGAGAUAUAUACAAAAAUAAUUUUGAUGUCAUGAAGUCAAAUUAUGAGUUAAAAAUAAAAGAAGGACCGACUCAUAUUUGUAGCUGUUGUGGUGGUUUAUGGUUUGAGUAUUCAAUCAGAGAAUAUACAGUUGAGAUGUUAACAAACAAAGGAUUAAAAACAGAAUUUAUCAAUGCAGUUUGUUACCUAAAAAAUGCGACCAUCAAAUUAUGUGUCACAUGCAGAAAGGACAUCAUGUUGAAUAAAGUACCUAAUCUCUGUCUAUCAUAUGGUUUAGCAUUUUAUGAAAUACCAGAUUGUUUAAAAAUCUUAACUGAAUCAGAAGAAAGAUUAAUAUCACCGAGAAUUCCUUUUAUGGUAAUCCGAAGUUUAGGUUAUUCUAAACAAUUUGGUCUCAAAGGUAACCUUGUAAAUGUUCCGAUGAAUGUUGACACAAACGUUUCAAUCUUACCCAGAACUUUUAGUGAUACUCAAACAAUUCAGUUAAAACUCAUGAGACAAAUGAAAAAUAAAAAUGCUUUUAUGUACGAAACAAUUCGACCAAAAAUCGUACAUACAGCUGUUAAAUAUCUUGUUGAACAAGAACUUUAUAAAGAUGAAGGGAUUGUUAUAUCUAGUGAUUGGCUAAAUCAGCACUUCAGCGAAAGAGAAAAUUUUAUCAUUAAUGAUGAAGAUAAAAAAAUUAAUGAGAAUGAAAACACAAAAGGUUCUGACGAUGAUGAUAACUGGAAUGAGUGUGACGACGAGCCAAUCAAUCCAGGAGCUACUGAAACAUUAUUAAAUGAUGAGAUUGCCGAUCAAAAUGAUGUCGGUAUUAAAUUUGCUCCAGUCGAGAAUAACAGACCAAUAUCUAUUUUGAUGGACUUGAAAGUUGACGAGUUGACACUUCCGAAAAUUUAUUGUGGAAAACAACGAAAAAUCAAAGAAAAGACUAAAUUAACCUAUGCUAAGAUUGCUAAGUCAGAGCUACGAAUGUUUGAUAGAAGAUGUGGUAGAGUAUCGAAACUAUUUUUUACAUAUAAGAAACUCCAAACAAGAAAGUUUCGUGACGCUAUUUCAAUAAAUUUAAGAAAAACAAAAAAUACGAGCAAUGUAACACUUGUGCAAAUGCUCAAUCGAGAUUAUGUGAAUGGUCUAAUACACAAUAAUAAUGCUUUUGCAUUCUUGAGAUGUGACCGAUCUUCACCAGUAUUCUGGGAACUAAAAAAAAGAAGUUAUGGCAAUGAUUAG